CACUCUACUCCAACUAGAACACCACUGAGACACUGCUUCUCGCGGCACCAACACCAUGGGGUCCCGCGUUCGGGCUCUCAGCGUCACCGACGUCCGACCCGCCGGAACCUCCAACCCGCCGCCGCAAGGCGCCGACCGCGCCACGAUCAAGCUCUCGCUCUUCGACACCAUGUUCAUCGCCCUGACGCCGAUCCAGCGCCUCUUCUUCUACGAGGGCGACGACCUCCCGCCGUUCCGUGACCUGGUCCGCGCGCUGCGGUCCUCCCUCGCGGACACGCUCGCCGUCUUCACCCCGCUGGCCGGCCAGGUCGCGGUCUCCACGUCGGGGGACGGCGUCGCCAUCGACUGCUCCCCCGGCGCCGUCUCCCGGGGCGGCGUCAGGUUCGUGGAGGCCGAGUACGCCGGCGGAGCCGACGACGUGCGCCGCCUCGCCCGCGCCGCGGAGCACGACGCCGAGGCGUACGCGCAGCUCGCGCCCGCGAUCGAGGUGGGCGCGCUCCCGGUCCCCGCGCUCGCGGUGCAGGUCACGAGGCCCGCGCAUGGCGCGGGCGGCGGGAUCGGGGCCGUGGUGGUCGGGGUGACCAUGAACCACGUCGUGGCCGAUGGCCAGGCGCUGUGGGAGUUCAUCCGGGCGUGGGCCGCCGCGGCGUGGGGUGGCUCGAAGGCCGGAACGGGCCUCGUGGCGCCGACGUUCGACCGCGCGGCGAUCAACCGGCACCCGAAAGCGGAGGAGGUGGCGCGCAAGUUCCUGCGCAUCUUCGCGCCGGGGUUGCCGACGGUGAACACAUUCCCCGAACCGGACAACGCCCUCCAGGGCAGGAGAACCUACCUGCUCAGCGCCAGCCAGAUCCGGUCGCUGAAGCAUCGCAUUUCACGGCAUAGCAAGAGCGCCGAUGGCGACACCGCACCGGCGGCCGCCGCCGUGACGCCCCCGAGCACCUACGCCGCCGUCGCGUCCCUGGUCUGGACGUCCGGCGUCCGCGCCAAGAACGCCCUCGACGACGCCGACGCCGACGCCUACCUCAUGUUCGCCGCGGACUGCCGCGCGCGACUGCGCCCGCCGCUGCCGGCCGCGUUCUUCGGCAACUGCGCCAAGUCGUGCUACGCGAGGGCCAUGGUGGGCGCGCUCCGCGACGGCGGGGCCGGCGAGGCCCUCGCGCGCGCAGCGGCGGCGGUGCGGGAGGCGGUCCGGGAGCAGCUGGCGGACCCGCUUGGCGACGCCGACCGGUGGCUGGAGCGCCACCGGGCGCUGCCGACGGACAGGGUCGUGCAGGUCGGGGCGUCCAACCGGUUCGCCGCGUACGAGACGGACUUCGGCUGGGGCAGGCCGGCGCGGGUGGAGCUCGCAUCGGUGUUCGUGAGGGAGUUCGUGGCGGUGGUCGGGGCGCCGGAUGGCGCCGUGCAGGUGUCCGUAGCGCUUGACCGGGACCGCAUGGACGGCUUCGAGGCCAACUUCUUGUCGCUGUCGCAGGCUUCGGGAUGACUCAGCGACACAUGCGUACUGCCAUCGUCUCUCUACUUGAGAGGCUGACUUCUUGGCCCGUUAAUUCAACCGCUGCAUAGUUUUUUAUUCGAGUACAAUGCUUGAUAAGAGUGACUAUUACGUUUCCCAAGCAAUAAUAAGUGUGCGUUCGUUUCUUACAGCGUAAA